GUUGAGGCGCCAAUUUGCAGCCAUCGAGUGCAGAAGGAACAGCACCCGCGGCAUUCUCUCUCCACCAGCGGGUGCAGUUUCUUCUGCACUCGGUGGUUCAAAUUGGCGCCUCAACGAUAUCACUGGGAGCUAGUCCCCUCCAUGGACAGCGCGGCCAGCGCAUGGCUGGUAAAGGCAACACUACACUUGGCUGCUCAGCACACACGUGACACACGUUGUUCAGCACAGUUCAGCAUAAGCUAGUUAGUAGUAUGUACACAGUGAAAUUCCGUUCGACAAAGGAAAAAUCUAGAAAUACGGUGCCACGUAUUUAUAAUAUCUAAUGCCACGUGGUCACAUGUUCUGCAGCGUAGGCUAAUUAUAAUAGUAGUACAUUAAUAGUAAUUAAGUACUGUAAUGUAAUCAAUUAGCAUUAUGAAUGUCGUAUUGAAAAAGAAAAAAGCGACAUAUUUUACAUAAUUAUAUUGAACAAUGGCUUGAUUAUAGUACCGAAACAAUGAUUAACUGAUGACAAGGAGUAUACAUUUUGGCCAUCCGUUGUAAAUACAGCACAAAGUAUCAAUUUAAUUAAAAGAUUUUGAAAGCAAAAUUAAUUCAAAUCAAUUUGCAUUAUAAGUGUCAUAAAAAUGUAACAGGAUAACGUUUUGUCAAUUGAGUAUAUAUUGCCGGAUAACUUGUAUGAUGUCGAAACGUUUUAAAAAACACAUUUCGGAAUUGAGUAAUCGUCAGUUCCGCCGUCGCAUAACAAGUGAAACGGAAAAAGUGAUGAGAUGUAUUUUCGAGAACAUAAAAGAUAAUGAUGAUUAUGAUGAUAGAGAUGAAGAAACAAGAAAAGAAUUGCUCGAUUUGUACGAAGAACAAUGUACUGUUACGACUGAAUCAUUACAUAGACCAGGCUCUUCUAAACAAGAUCCAUUUGAUAGAUUUUUACAGCAUCAGAAUCAAUGUGAAAAUAAAUUCGAAGAAAUAGUAGAUAUAUUUGAUGAAGAAAAUUGUCAUAUUGAUAUAAAUUGUCUAGAUUCGGAUGAUAAUCCAAUUGAUUCAGAUAUUGAAUGCUUUAAUAAUACAGAUGAUACAACAGUAGUGACACCAUAUCUUCCUGAAUACGAAAAUGUGAUGAGUGAAACGGAGUGUUCUACAAAAGAGCAUAAAAAUAAAGAGAUCGAGAAUACAAAAGAAUUUUUAAGAAAUUGGAAACUGAGGAAUAAUAUUUGUCAUACAGCUGUGACUGAGUUGUUACAUCAUUUCAAAUUGCACUCUUGUUUUCAAACUUUACCAAUACAAUCAAAGACAUUGAUGAAUACUCCUCGCAAUAAAGUAAAUAUCAUAUCCAUGGUACCAGGUAGAUAUAUACACAUAGGUUUACAAAAAGGAAUUACAGAAACAAUUUUAAAUACAAACAAAGAAUUAUUUCUCAGUGGAAUAGAAAUAUCAAUUUUCAUAGAUGGUAUUCCGUUAUUCAAAUCAAGUGCAUCAUUGUGGCCUAUUGUAGGUUCUGUAAAAAAUACUAGUGAUAUUUUUCUUAUUGGAGCUUAUUACGGUCCUGAAAAGCCAUAUGAUAGUAAUCUUUAUUUAAGUGCUACUGUAAAUGAUAUUAAAGAUGUAUGUCAAAAUGGUAUAACAAUUGAAGGAUUACAUUAUAACUGUCGAAUUGUUUCUGUUAUAGCUGAUGCACCAGCAAAAUCAUAUAUUUUAAAUGUCAAAGGUCACUGCGGAUAUUAUAGUUGUACUAAAUGCCAUGUAAAAGGCAAAUAUGCUCAUAGGCGCGUUUAUAUGUUAAAUAAUCAUGAACAAUUGCGAAAUGAUUUUGAAUUUAAAAAUAAAACUGAUCCUAAUUAUCAUUUAGGGCAUAGUAUUUUGACAGACAUUCCGGAUUUUGAUAUUGUUAAUCAAAUUCCUUUGGAAUACAUGCACUUAAUAUGCCUCGGUGUUAUGCGUAAACUCUUAUAUUUAUGGUUAAGUAAAUCAAAACAACCAUAUUCUUUAAAUGCUCAAAGUAUACAACGUUUAUCCGUUUUGUUUGAAAACAUUGCAUCGUUUGUUCCUAACGAAUUUUCACGUAAACCUCGAUCGUUACAAUUAGUUAAAUAUUUUAAAGCAACCGAAUACAGAUUAUUGCUUUUAUAUACCGGUCCUGUUGUUUUAAAAAACAUUUUAGAUAAAAAUUUGUUUAACCAUUUCUUGGUUUUACACGUAUCUGUACGAAUUCUGUGUAGUGAUGAUUAUAGUCAGUACAUCGAAUAUGCAGGUCAACUGUUAGAAAAAUUUGUGGAUGCAAUGCCACAUUUGUAUCAUGAAUCUUUUGUAUCGCAUAAUGUACAUGGAUUGAUACACGUUAUACAAGAUGUAAAAACAUUUGGACCAUUAGACAAUUACAGUGCAUUUAAAUAUGAAAAUUUUUUACAGCAUCUAAAACGAGUAGUCAAAAAGUAUGCGCAACCUUUAGAACAAUUGUAUAAUCGGUAUCAUGAAAUUAAAUCUAACGUGAAAAGGACUGAUUAUCGUACAACUAAACUUGUAGUCAGCGAAUCGCAAAAUACUUAUUGUAUUUUGCCCAAUGGAAAAAGAGCACCUUUGUAUACAGAAGCUAUUUCAAUUAAUUAUCGUUUUCGAGUAAAUACUAUUAAUGAUAAUUGUUGUAUAUUGACAAAUGGAGACAUUGUACAAAUAACAAAAUUUUCUUACGACUUUGAGAAGGAAGAAUUAAUCAUUUGUGGGAAAAGAUACGAGCGAAAAGAUAAUUUAUUUACAAUCCCAUGUGAAUCUUCUUUACUCCAAAUUUAUGUGGUUUCUCAGCUUUCGCAAGAAAAAAUGUGGCCAUUGAACAAAAUUAAAAAUAAAAUGUUCGUAUUACCGUAUAAAAACAAAUUCGUUGUAUUACCAUUGCUGCAUAACGAACAUAAUACAGAGAAAUUUAUUUUGUAAUAUGUAUGUUGUAAUAGGUAUAUAAUAUGUAUAAAAUUUGUACAUUUGUAUUAAAAUAAAAAUAUUGGAAUAUAUA